AUGGCUCUUUUAUCGAAUCACCACGAAUACCCAAUUUCUCCUGAAAUUGUAACGACCGGCUAUCAGGCCGCGAACAGAAGUUACGAUACUUUGUAUCCCUCGCCGUACAACUCUCCGAAUUACGAUCCCAUCAAGGUAUCGUACGGAGAGAAUUACGCGCAUAAAGGUGAGCUCACUCCGCGAAAAGACUCUGAGACGAUUAGUUAUGGGAAAGAGGUAGUGAAAUAUUCGAGAACACCGGAUUCGUACGAAAGAAGCUCCUUUAGCGUUUUAACACCUGUCACACCUCAAAGGUAUGAACCACAGCACGCGAUAAAUCAAACCGUUUCUCCAAGAACGAUGCUACACGAAGAUAAUUCCAUGGAGUAUCAGCCAUCAGCCUAUUGUUAUGAAACACCACCUCAAGAACAAAAAUUUCAAAUUCUCGAAAGCGGGAAACCGAUGCAAAUGGCUGUCGAGCAACGAAAUAAUUCUUGGGAACCUGUCACAUCUGUACAGAAACAAGUAUCACCUACUAAUAGUCCCCGAAGAGGAAGACGACGGUCCAGGGAUAUACCGCCAUCGCCAAGUGUAUUAAAACGUCGACGUUUGGCAGCGAACGCACGUGAAAGACGUCGAAUGAACGGUCUGAAUGAUGCUUUCGAUAAAUUGCGCGAAGUUGUACCGAGUCUUGGAGCAGACCACAAACUUAGUAAAUUCGAGACAUUGCAGAUGGCGCAAACUUACAUUGCGGCGUUGUGCGAUCUUCUUCAAGAACACGAUGGAAAGUGGCAGUGAAUCAAUAUGAAAAAAUUAUGGUUUAUAGCCGAAUAAUGAAUAGAUAAUAAAGAAAGACAAAUAUAAGGACUGAUGAAAGGAAAAUUAUAAUUAUAAUAGAUAGUAUAGUAUAAUAUAGAAAAUCUUUUGAGAAUUAGGUAUUUAUGUUUGUCAUUUGAUUUUUUACUUAAUAUGAAUGGUGUGUAAUAUUUUGUUGAUAAAAAUUAAUUUGCAUGUAAUUUGUAUCAUUUUCAUUUAUAAAUUUAUAAUUAUAAUUAAAUUGUAUACGAUCAGACAGCUAAUAAUCCAAAGAAAUGUUCUAUAAAUUUAUGAACUUGCAUUAAAAACGAUUAGAUUGUCAUUAAACAAAAACUUUGAUAUCAUUUUUAAUUUCGUAUCCGUGCCAUUGUUAUUAGUACAAUAUUUGAAUGGUAUUUUUAUAUAAAUAUUAGAAAUUUUGCAUAACUGUAUGCACAUAUAACGUAAAUUAUAAUAGAAUUAAUUAUAUAUGACGAUGCUUGUAUAGCAAUUUUUUAAUUGUAAUACGUUUUACUAUUUCGAAUUAUUUUAUAUUAUUUUAUAUUAAAUUCUCUCGUUAGAAGUGUUAGUGAUUUACGCAUGUAUUGUAUUUAUAUAUUUAUUGUGUAACUAGUCAAAAAUAUUUUGAAAAACAAUUUCAAAAUUUGUAAAGCUAAGAAUUUUUCUAAACCGUCCAUUUAAUAGUAUAAAUAUUGUACGAAACCAAAGAAGACGAUUAUUAAACAAUGUCGUAAAGAUUCAAAGAUGUCGAAUAACAUUAAAUGAUAAUUUAUAAAAUAAGUAAUUUUAUAAAUAUAAAUAACAUUAUGUCAUUAUUAAAUAAAUUAAAUAAAUUGAAUAAAUGGAAAAAAUUUAUAUCAAAACUAUUGUAAAUAAAGAAUUUAAUUGAAAUGAAAGAAAUAUUAUUUCAUCUUUAAUAUAUGUAUUUAUAAUUUGUGUUUCUUGACAUAAAAAAAUAUAUUAUUUUUGAUUAAUCGGAAAAAGUGAGAAAAUAACAAAAGGAAAGAAUUUGUGAGACAAAUAUGAUCGAGUGCAAACCUCGAAUUUGGGCGUGGCUAAAAAUGAUCGAGUUUUCGAAUUGGUAUCUCAGGUAAAAAUCAUUCCGAUUCUUCACGCAGGAUUAUGAUUUGAAGAUACAAUACAAUGCGAUUCUCGCAUUUUCUGCUGCAUUUGUUACUAUAUUUUAAUCCAAUAUCAUAGUAAUAGCAAUAAUAAUGUAACAUAUAAGUACGAUAAAUAAAUAUAUAUAUAUCAAUCUAAUAUUUAAUCUAUUAAUUUCUAUCCUCAAAUUUUCAUAUAGGAAACAUAUUGUUUCUUCGAUAACAAAUAUUUCGUAUAUUUUAAAAAAGUUCUAAAAAGUAAUUUCUUUCGUGAGGAAAGCUGCGACGAAAGGGCGGUUUCAAGGUUAAAUUAGCGAGCAAGGUUAAAUUAUGGUCGACGAUAUUCCAGCAAAAAUUACACCCUCAUUACUAGAACGUGUUGUUCGAUAACGAGCCGUAACCGGCCAAGUCUUGUGCUUGGCUUCCAAAGGGGAAGACAAUUCGUUCCAGACUGCGAGAACGAGCGAACCGUCGUGAAUUUUGUGACACCUCGCUACCCUUAUGGUGUCAAAGCCAGCACCCUCGACGGAAUUACGAUUCCAGCCACCUGACUCCGUGUCGAAAGAUUUUGCCACCGCUCUCUUAGGAUAGACCGCAAAACUCGUUAACCCUUUUCUAUGAUUAAAACGCUCGUUGAUCGAUCCGUAACGGAGGGAUUUGUCGGAAAAAUUUUCUAGCCUAACUUCAGAGAAAAUUACGCCGCCGAAAUUCGUUUCGAGAACUCCCAUGACGCCGUGUUUCUUCAAAUUCAUUGUGUCGACGAGAAACGCGCAUUUUCCAGGAAUCGAGAAAAGAAAAAAAUAAAUUUUGAUGAAUAUUUUCGUGAGAAAGUAUUUUUUGAUUUUUUUUUUGAUAUAAUAUAUGAUAUAAUAUUCGAAGUUUAUUUUUACAAUACUUGUUAAGAAAAACAAUUUCUUCAUACAACAUUAUGUUAUAACAAUAUUGAAUAUGAAAUAAAUAUAUAGAAUAUUGAACAUAGAGAAUAAAAAAAACGUUUAAAAAAAAUAAAUUUUUUAAUACUUUGAAAAGUAAAAUUAUCAAAAGAUGAGACCAAACAUGGCGUCGCCAAACGCAAUUUCCCAACUUUCACUGAAAGGGUAAGGAGAAACCCAGACAAUUUGAUAGAAAGUAAAGCAUACAAACACACACAAUGAUGCGCUCCAACGAUUUUCUCUUCGAAAGGAGAGAGGGGAGAGGGAGUUUCCACUUAGUGAUCAUGCUAGAAGUAAAUACACUUUUUUUUUUUUUUAACUUGACGUUGUCAAGUAUUUAUAAUUGUUUCUUUUUUAGCUUGGCGUUGCAAGCAUUUAUUAUAGUUUAAUUUCUUCUAAAUCUCCGUCAAUGAUGACGGAUUUAUGAGUAACACCACUUUUUUGAGUGUGAAAUAAAGAGAAUCCUGGGCCAAUAGUCACUGCCAUUCGAACCCAAAAACGAUUCGCACACUCGAUAAAGAAGACGUUUCAUAAACUAUAUAAUGAUGACCACACAUAUAAUAUUUCGACGAAGCGUAGGAAAACACAAUAAUGUGUUUGCUAGCUAGGCUAAGAGGAAAGAAGGGAAAAGAGGGAGGGUUUGUGCUUCAUAAAAUGUUGUUCAUUGCGUAUGGCGGCGCCACGGAUCCCACC